GUGGUGGAGAGCAGAGGAUUAGAGGAUUACGGACGUGUCGUUGGUCAUGUGAGGUGCCGUGGUCGACACUGACCCUGCUUACCUUCUCUCAGUAAGGAAGCUUAGCCUGGAUGUGAAGGUGAGGUCUCCCACACACACACACACACACACACACACACACACACACAGACAGACACAUAUCCACCCAUCCUUUUAUCUCCCGCUCUCCGAACUCCUUCUUUACCUCUCUUGUCUUUUUAUUUAUUUCAACCACUUUUCUGUCUUCACCCUCUUCAUUUCCCUCUUCCCCUUCGGAUAAUUACAUUUCUCUUGUCUGUUUCUCUCUCUUUAUCUCCCUCCCUUUCCAUCUUUAUCUCUGUCCUCCAGAUGUCAGGCUUCUUUUUGGUGCAUUUUAUACAUGCACAGCUCAUCCAUGCCCUCACAAAUCCAUCAGGAUUCUUGGUUGUUUCUAUCUGAAAGAAUAGCAAAGGAAAUAGAAGAAAGAGGAAUAACACUUUGCAGAAUCACAAGCGGCAACUCAGAUCAUGUCCGGACUGUGAGGAGUAAAUACGGCAGCAACCUCUUGGCCUUGGGACAUGAUUGGCUGUGGGCGCCUGAAGGGGUGACGGCCUGAGAGGUGGCUGCUCCAAUGGCUUGGACCGAGCCACGGUCCCGUCCAGACCCCGAGCUCGACCCAAAACCAGCGCCUCGCAGUCUAAAGACUCAGAACACUUUUCCAUCAGCGAUCCUUCCAGUCCAGCCUCCAGUUUUACUGCCCUUCCUUCUUCUGCUCGCUGCCUUCGCUGACCUGGGUACUGCCGGUCCACCGCAGCCAGCGUGGCCCCCUCUCCUGUCCGGACAGCCUUUCAUCAUCUUCUGGGGCAUCCGUGACUCCUCCUGCUCCGGACGGCCAGAUCCCAGGUCCUUUGGGAUGGAACGGGAGGGCCGCGUGGCCGUCUUUUACGAGGACACGUUGGGGAACUACCCUUAUUUCCUAGACAAAGACACGCCGGUCAAUAGGGGGCUACCACAGCACACACGGAUGCAAGACCACCUCCAGAAGACACAGCAGGACGUGGAGGCGGCUUUACCCGCCCCGAGGUACCUUGGGCUGGGGGUGCUUCGCUGGGCCGAGUGGGUCCCGCAGUGGUCAAGAAACCGAGAGAGGCAGGCGAUCUAUCUGGACGAAUCGAGAGACCUGAUGAAGACAUUCUUUCCUGGGUGGACGCCAGAGGAGGUGGAAAAGUGGUCAAAGGUGGACUUUGAGGCAGCAGCCCAGUCAGUAAUGAUGGAAACUCUCCGGGAGGUCAAAAGGUUAAGGCCCAAAGCAUUAUGGGGCGUCUCCCCUUACCCCAGCUGCUACAACGGCGAUCCCGCCCUCACAUCGUUGGCCAAUUACACGGGCCAGUGCCCUGCUGCAGAGAUGGCCCUCAACGACGAGCUCCUGUGGCUGUGGAAACGAUGCUCCGCCCUCUACCCUCUUCUCACCCUGGAGAAGCUACAGUGUGGAACCUCUGGAGGCAGGCUUCACCUGGCCAGCGAAAUCCGAGAGGCAGUGCGAGUAUCGUCUCUGAGUGGCACUGGGUCGGAUCUUCCUGUAUUCCCAAUCGUCAGGAGUGUUUAUGCAUCAACAAACACUUUCCUGUCACAGGCAGACCUGGUGAGCACCAUCGGAGAGAGUGCUGCCAUGGGAACAGCUGGAGUUGUCAUCUGGGGGAAGAGUGAGACUAAAACAGAGAGAGAGUGUCAAGACCUGGCAGAGUUUGUCCGCAAGGUCCUGGGACCCUACUCCAUCAACGUAACCACGGCAACCCGACUGUGCUCAGCCUCCCUCUGCCAAGGAAAGGGCCGAUGCGUCCGUCAGAAUCCAGAGAGCGCCGUCUACCUCCACCUCCCACUACCGUCCGAACCGGUGGAAAAGGUGACGGAAAAAGUGACGGAAAAAGUGACGGAAAAGGUGACGGAAAAAGAAGAGACGGAAAAAGCCACAGAUCAGCCCGAAACAAACACCAAACCAUCCGAACCCGACCCGGCUGAGAUCUGGAAGAAGGACUUCCAAUGCCAGUGGUACGAGACGGCAGACGGGGACGUCUCGGACCAGCAGUCCCCCAAAGACGGGGCGUCUGCUGGGGGCGCUGCGAAAGCAAAUCCUGGAGACGUUUUGGGCAACGCAGCAGCUUCGACUGCAAAGGGUGCCUCUGCGAUUGAGUUGAGAGGAAGCAGCUCGCCAGGAGCCGGAAGCCCGACGCCUCCACAGGAAGUGGCUGCAGGCGGCGGGACAGAGUCCCCAAGCGUCCCGAUGGUCACCGUUCUGCUGCUGCUGCUGGCGGCUGGACGUCUUUGCUCGGAACCUUAAACUGAGAAGAAACCAUCCUUUACCUGGGUGGUCUGGGCUGUAAGUCAGAGCCCGUCUGAAGUGCCCUUGAGCAAGACACUGAAUCCCUGCUGGCUGCAGGUGUGCUGCUUUGUUAAAGAAAUUAAUAAAAAGAUAUUAAAAACAACAACAACAAAAAAAAAAGAGACUUGUCAAGUUCCAACUGUGAACUAUCACUGAAUGUGCCAAGCGACAGUAGAGGUACAAACACGCGUCCAGAGGCUGAAUUUAACCCUUUAACUGUAACAGCCAGGACGUCUACACACCAUAUAGUCACUAUACACACCAUAUAGUGACCCGGGCGUCCCUCUUCAAUCCACCGUUAACUGCAGAUUACACUUUCGCAACACUGGCUUUAAAACCUGCACAUGUUUUUUUUUCUUUGGACAUUAUUUUCUUUCCAGUCCUUUUUUGAAUGCUGAUGAAUUCCUUAAAAUGAAACGAAACCAUCGCCGUUGCAAGAUAGUACGGAGGCCGGGGGGACCUUUUGUUUAUUUAUAAAUUGGGUAAACCGGGUUAUUUAAUCUGCUUGACAGAGUGUCCUGUGAUCAUGAUCCUUAUGAAAUAGCACAGUAGGAAACGCAUAGUAAGAAGUACACAUGGAAAGUGAUGUCUGAAUUCCAUUUCACACGGUACAUCAAGGAGCUUUUACUCUCACCAGCGUGUAGUUUCUCCUACAAUGUGUAAUAAAUGCAGGAGCGCUUUUACUCAAAGCACACACCAUUCAACUGGUCUAUAAGAGAAACCCCUGCAUACAUGUAUAUAUUUUUUGUAAGUCAAAGUUGUUUGUAUCUGAUUUUUUUCCAUACACACCCUUCAGUCCUCCCUAAAGCAGUACACUUAUAAAACAAAAAAAAAAGAUGAAAACGUUCGUUCUUGCAUCUCUCAAUUGAAUGUGAAUUUAUUUGUUAUUUUUCAUUCAAAUAUACACUCAAGACAAAGGGUAUAUAAAUUGUUCUUUAGUUACAGAAAGAGAUCAUAUCUACA